CUAGCUCUUAUCCAAUUUGUUUUGGGAAAAAUUGCCUACUUUCUAAACAUGUUACGAGAUUCUACGUCAACCUCGGUCAUUCCAAUCAAAAUCUGAAACCCCUUUCAGGGUUAAACUGAGCGGUUGAAAAUUUACAAAUCAUUUAUUUUUGGGUAACACUUUUUUUUUGAAUUUUUCUUCUCUAAUAUUUUGCUAUUGGAGUCUUCUGAAAACAAUAAAUCGAUCUCUGGACAUGUUCUGUAUGACGCAAAUAAACCAGAUUAUCUAUUUGAAACUGCAGACGUUCUGUGUGAAUGCUUCAAAAAACUCGAUUUCGUUCAUCGAUCGGUUCAUUUUUUUUCAAACUUAAUCAUGCUGUGAGUGAAAAUUCUAUCGCUAUUUUUAUAAAAAUAGAUUUGUCGUUAAUCUUACAUUUGGCUGAUAGGUAUAAAGUUAGCAUAAAUAAUAUUCAUUGCAUUGAUUCGCGAAAGGAAAAAUAUUCACCUAGUUCACUUUGCGUUUAAUAUUUCCACCUGUCAAAAAAUCUGAUACCAAGCCUCAAUGACAAACAUCGUCGUCGUCCUAAAGAACAUCAAACAGUCAAUACAGUACCACACAUAUGUACCUUGUACGUAUCAUUUGAUAAUUGAAAAAAAAUUAGGUAACUGCAUUUCAUCGCGCAUGUGAUACGUAAUUGAAGCCCACAAAAAACAAAUACGACGCCUCAGUUACAGUGGAACAUGACGUUGGGGAUUUUUUCCCAUUCGCGUACAUUCGUCCCGAACCAUCUAUGUUUGCACAGUAGUUGAUGCGAUUACGCUGAUAUGUAUCAGUAUUACAAUAUGUUUUAAAAAAUACAUUACUCAAAUUUUACCUGCAUUUCAAUGUUACGUGUUUCGUAUUGCGCGAAUGAAUAUUUAGUCGUGGUAGUACGAAUUUUUCAAUAUAUUUAUAAUCUAAGUGCAUCGUCAUCGAGUAUUUGCCACCGUUUGGAAACGAAUUUCACCUGUGUAAGGUAAACUGAACGUCUUAUACGUUCGAAAAUUCCGAAUGAUUCUUCCGCUACAGGAAUGCGCCUAAAAUGUCUGCCACUGUUACUUAUUAUUACGGCAGCCGCAGCAGUAGUCAACGCCGACAGUUUCAAUUCUGAGGAAGAUGGAUUGAAACCAAGUCUGAGUUGCAUUUUAUGGGGCGAUGCGGGAUGCAGAAGAAAAUGUGCUUUGCUUUGCACUGCUUUUGGCUGCCUGUCAAGCAGCCCGCAAUGCAACACGGUAUUCUGCGACUGCCGGGAAAAACUGCCCAUCAAAUGUUUGGGCGUUGUUCCGAAUGCUUCGAAUUCGCCUGAUCUCCCACCCGACGUCACAUUCAAACAACUACUGGUUGUUAAAUUUAUGCGAACUCCCGUAUUUCGUGAUUUGGACAAAGUAAUGCCUACAGUUCCAGAGCUCGAACUCGAAGUGAUGAAAUUUCUUUACACAACCGAUCUAUCGGGAAAGGAAUUGAAGCAAGAAAUGAAACGUAGGUUUCCUUCAUUGAAAUAUCUAUUCCGACGCUUGAGACCGCGACCCUUGGCUCAACUUGAUCCUAAUGUCAGUGCUGAAGUUAUGAAAGAAGGCAUCAAUGUGGAACCGGAGGAGCCUCCUACACGUUCGUAUUUCUCUUCGUGGUUAAAACCAAAACCUACGAAAUUCGACGUCAAUUCGCCAGAAAAUCAGAAACGUAUUAUAAAUUUGAUUAAAAAAUUACCUUACAAACACGACGUCAUAGAGACGUUUGAAGUUCUGCGGGAUUCACCUGAGAAACCAUUGUAUCAGAAUAUUUGCAGAUAUUUCCUCAAAGAGGGUAUGUUGUCGCCUGAUGGUGUCCAGAUAGUUAAACCAACCAGCGAUCCUGCUGAACUCGAGAAAAAAGUGCAAAAUGACGACGUCAUUAGACAACUUCAAGAUAGAAUCAACGAAUCUAAUGAGCAGAGAAAAAAUCGUAAAAGAAAACGUGUCAACAACAGUGGAGAAAACAGUUCGGAAGAAAAUGAUGCCAAAAAACCUAAGCUGGAUGAGACACCGGGGCAAUCUCCAAACAAUGGAUGGUGGAGUCCUUCGCUUUGGGGCCCAGGGGGAAACUCUCCGAACAACAGUGGACCUGGCCAGAAUCCUACAGUUGGGCCAACUGCUGCAGAUAAACCAUCAGGAGGUUGGUGGUGGGGAUGGGGUAACGGAAAAGGUGCUCCAAAAGAUGGCGGAGUUGACAAAUCGAAUAUGCCACCACCGUUGCCAUCAGCUGGUCAAUCUCCGAAUCAAGGUCCAAAUUCUGGCGGUUCUUGGAAGUGGCCCUCAUGGAAUUGGCCUGCUGGAUCUGGUCCCCAAGGCGCAAAUAUGCCGAACCCUGAUCAGUCACCUGUUCAAUCUGGCCCCUCUAUUGGAUCACCUUGGGGAAAUAAUGUGUCCCAGAUUGCAACUCCGAUUCCAUCUAGCAACAGUGGAAGAUCUUUAGAUUCUCCUGAACCUGAAAGCGCAUUGCUCAAAGAAGAUCUUCCAAACAAAACACCUAAAGAAAGGAAACGCCAUAAAUUGAGGAAAAUACCAGACACCAAAGAUUUUGAGGAGGAUGUCUUCCCAGACAUGGGAUCUAUCGAUGAAACUCUGGGAAAACCAAAAAAGAAACAUCGUAAACAUGGCAAGCACAAAAAACAUAAGAAGAGAAAACAUCACCCUGAAAGUUCUGAAAGUGAUAGUGAUGAAAGUUCAUCUGAAGAAAUUUCUCCAUCUGGUACUCCAGUCCCUCACAAAAAGAGAAAGAAGCACCACAAAAAACCAUCGGAGAGUGAUGAAAGUUCAUCAGAAGAAAUUUCUCCAACUGGUACUCCAACCAAACAUAAGAAGAGGAAGAAGCAUCGCAAGAAACCAUCAGAUAGUGAUGGAAGUUCCUCAGAAGAAAUCACUCCUCCUGGCGCUCCAAGCAAACCCAAAAAAAGAAAGAAACAUCACAAGAAAUCAUUAGAUAGUGAUGACAGUUCAGCUCAAGAAAUUGCUGCACCGGGUACUCCAAGUAAAAAUAAAAAGAGAAAAAAACACCACAAAAAGCCAUCUGAUAGUGACGAAAGUUCAUCAGAAGAAUAUUCUCUUCAGAACACACCAUCUAAACAUCCAAAGAAAAAGAAACAUCACAAAAAGUCAUUAGAUGGUGAUGAAAGUCCAACUAAAGUGAUUUCUCCCCCAGGAUCUGAUUCUGAACCUAAAAAGAAAAGAAAGCAUAAGAAAAAACCAUCAGAUAGUGAUGAGAGUUCCAGUGAAGAGACCACAUCUCCAGGAUCCCAACCAGAACUUAAAACUAGGAAAAAACACAGAAAACCAAAGAAUAAGAAUGAUACUUUGACAUCACAAGCAAAACCAGAAGAUGUAAAGAAAAAUAAUUCUGAUAGUGAUGAAGAUGAUAGCGAUGAAGAUACUGCCAAAAAAAUACCUUCAAUUGGAGGAUUAUCUGGUCAAAAGACAAAUGAACCUAUGGUGGAGUCUUCACCUGAUGGAAAAAUCAAUAAACAUAAGCGAAAGAAGGAUAAACCAUCUCAAGCAAAUAGUGAUGAAAGUUCAUCGGAGGAAAUUUCUCCUGAUGGUACAGUCACCAAACAUAAAAAGAAGAAACAUAAGAAAAAUAAACCAUUGCCCAUUUCUUCUCAAUCUCAACAAUUGCCUGGUGACAAAGAUAGUGAUGAAAGCUCUCCUGAAAAAAUGGUACCUGAUGCAGGAAAAACCAAACAUCACAAGAAAAAGAAAGUUUUACCCUCCUUGCCUUCUGAUAAGAAAGAAAGUAUCAUUGAUGAUAGCUCAAUGGAAACCCUACCAUCUUCACCCGACCUUGUCAGCAACCCUAAGAAGAAGAAAAAUGUGUCAACAAUUUCAAGUGCAUCAAUAAGUUCUUCACAGUUACCUGAUGAGCCAUCUAAUGAUAGUAAACAAUUCAAGAAGCCCAAAAAGACCCAAGAUGCAACAUCAACCCAAGAAGUGUUGCCUGAGAAUUUAACUCCUCAAGGAAUUCCAAAGCCCAAAAAAACUCCAAAUGCAACAUCAACCCAAGAAGUGUUGCCUGAGAAUGUAACUCUUCAAGGAAUUCCCGGAAGCAAGCUAGGAGAUUCACCUUUGGUUAGAGAUGAUGUUCAUGUCAGACCAGUUAUGGGAAGCAAAUUAGAAAAAUUACCAGGUCUUGAGAGCAUUAUUGGGCAUGAUAGUCCAAUAUCUCUAAAAGUCAAUGGGCCAUUACAACAGUCACUCAAAAACAUGCCCAAUUCUUUGUCUACGCCAUUGAUACUCUCAGGAAUACCUACAGAUGUACCCAAUCUGCAAAACCAUGACAUGCAUGAUGAUCUUACCCCAGAAAAAGGUAAUGGAUCUGUACAACAGUUACUCAAGAAUAUGCCCAAUGCCAUGCUAACUCAAGAAGGUACCCCUAGAGAUAUAUCAAAUCCAAGUAGCCAUGAUUUGCAAAAUAUUCCUACUCCAAAAGAACUGAAUGGAUCAUCACAGAAAUUACUCAACAAUAUGCCCAUGAUGCUCACUCCAAUUACUUCAAGUGACAAAUCCCAAAAUACUUCAAAACCAAAUACCCGUGACAUACAAGGUGAUAUUAUACCAGCCAAAAUGAAGAGACCCUUGCAGAAAUUAUUGAAAGAUGAGCCUAAUUCAAUGUCAUCUCCUAUGUCUCAAAUCUCAUCUGGAAAAUCUCCUGAUACAUCUACAGUUAUUGGCUCUAAUCCUCUGAAAGGCAAUGAUGGACUGUUAGCAAACCCGAAGUACCCAACAUCAGAUUCAAAUAAAUACCCUGCUGAUAUUAUUUUGCCAACACAGCAAUUGUCCCCUCAAGAUUCAAGUCCGCAAAAAGUGAACAAACAGAUGGCUCCAUCAAGUGAUACAAUAGCCAAUGCCCCAAGCAGUAUGUUCUCAUUGGGUUCACUGUGGCCAACUUCUAGCGAACCUGUGAAUGGAUCACCAGAGCUCAAGCACAUGGAUAGUUUUUCACCCACAGCACUGAACAAUGUGAAAUCGUCCGAUGGUUUGCCUUCAUCCAAUGUUGUCAACUCAGUAUCAGGUAAUCCAUCUGUUCUGGGAGGGUUGAUACCGCAAGAACCGUCCAAAUCACUUUUGAAUGAUGGCAUAAAACCAUCUUCACCUAAUAGUUCAUCAAAUAAAUCACCCAAUAAGUUGAAUAGUCCUGCCAAACAUCCAGAAACGUCUGUUUCAGAAUCACCUUUGUUGAACAGUAAGUCAAGUCAAUCACUCAGCAAAGAAAAUCCUAGCCCUGGUGGUUCUCCUGUGAAAGGAGGUGAAAAGUCAGAUAAGUCUGAUAUCAAAACGCCGUUGCUCAAUAAUUCUCCAAGUCAACUACUUGAUGCUCAAAAUGGGCUUGUUGCUAGUCCCAAGGGCAAUGUUGAUCUUUCUCCUGCGGACAAAAUACCAUCUGAUGCAAAACAAACUCCACUCAUUAAUGCCCUGGACAGUCUUUCAAACUCGCCUACUGAAAAGAAAGCAAUUCUUGAUGCAAAACCAACGGCACCUGCCAAUUUGCUUGCCAAAUUACUCAAUAAACAAAUCCCAUCAACUAUGUUUUCAUCUACACCAAGUGAAUCUUCAAAGAAUUUGGAUCCUGAAAUGAAAUCACCUGUAUCAAAAGAUCCAUCAACUUCUCUCCUUUCACCUAGUGACUCAAUCUAUCCAAAACCUGAAGAAAUUGUUGCUGAAAAAUCGCCAUAUGUGCCAGGUACCCCUUAUCACUCAUCACCAAUGAUGCAUAAAGGAGGCAGAGAUGUACCUGAUCAUAUGGCAGAUGUGCCUCAAAGUUUGAAGCAAUUGAACAAUUCAAAACCAUUUUUGAAUAACCCCCAACUUGCUGGUUUGUCAGUUCCGUUAUCCAACACACCAUCAAAAUUGAAUUCGCCUUCAAGUAUUUCUCCUGAACAUGAUCCCCUGAAUAUUGAGCACCCUAGUGGCCCUUCAACAAGUUCAUCAAUUAUUGAUUCUUCUAACCCCAAAACAGUUCAGUUGAAAGAUCCAUCCACAUCUCCACUCACAAACUUGCUUGAGAAUAAACUGAAUGAAACAAAACCUUCUAAAUCAGCUCUCACGAAUCCUCAGAAAUCAGUAAGUGAUCCCUCUGUGCCUGGUAUUUCAUCUUUACCUGAUGUGUCGUUGGCAAAACAACUUCUGAGUAAAAAUUUACCACCCAAUAGUGUUCCUAGCGAUGAAAAGCUCAAAGAUUCUUCAGGUCUUCCUAACUCUCUUAGCAAUCCAUCAAGUCCUUCAGCCAUCAAUUCUGCUGACUCUGGUACUGUUCAGUCGAAAGAUUCAUCCACAUCACCACUUGCAGGUUUGCUUAAGAAUAAAUUGGAUGGUAAACCUUCUGAUUCUCAAAAAUCAAUUAGUGAUCCAUCUGUGUCACAUAUCUCAUCUUUGCCUGAUGUGUUACUAGCAAAAAAACUUUUGAGUGAAAAUUUGCCACCUGGAAGUGUUCCAAGUGAUAAGAAGAUUAAAGAAUUGGUAGAUAAAUUAAAAUCUGAAAACCAUCCUUCUUCAGGUGUUCCCAACUCUUUGGUUAGCAAUCCAUCAAGUCCAUCACCUCUCACUGAUUCUCAAAAAUCAAUAAGUGAUCCAUCUGUGCCACAUAUCUCAUCUUUGCCUGAUGUGUUACUAGCAAAAAAACUUUUGAGUGAAAAUUUGCCACCUGGAAGUGUUCCAAGUGAUAAGAAGAUUAAAGAAUUGGUAGAUAAAUUGAAAUCUGAAAACCAUCCUUCCUCAGGUGUUCCCAACUCUUUGGAUAGCAAUCCAUCAAGUCCAUCACCUCUCACUGAUUCUCAAAAAUCAAUAAGUGAUCCAUCUGUGCCACAUAUCUCAUCUUUGCCUGAUGUGUUACUAGCAAAAAAACUUUUGAGUGAAAAUUUGCCACCUGGUAGUGUUCCAAGUGAUAAGAAGAUUAAAGAAUUGGUGGAUAAAUUGAAAUCUGAAAACCAUCCUUCUUCAGGUGUUCCAUCAUCUCCCAAUUCUGCAGACCCCAGCAUAGUUCAGUCAACAGAUCCAUCCGCAUCUCCAAAUGUGUUAUUGGCUAAAAAACUUUUGAGUGAAAAUUUGCCACCUGGUAGUGUUCCAAGUGAUAAGAAGAUUAAAGAAUUGGUGGAUAAAUUGAAAUCUGAAACCCAUCUUUCUCCUAGUCCAACCAACUCUUCAGUUAGCAAUCCAUCAAAUGGCACAGUGGAUGUAACAAAACAACCAUUACAAGCCCCAGAGGACAAAUAUCUUGAAAAUUUAGUGAAUCAACUGAAAUCUGGUGAUCCAUCAUUGCACCUGCAAAGUCUGUCAAACAAUGAUCCAUCAAGCAUUACUAUAGGUCCAACAGUUGAGCCUAAUGACACUAUUCUUCAAGGAUUAGCUAACAAGUUAAAACCUGGAAGUGAUUCUUCACCCACAUCUCAAAGUCCUUCAUCUAGUGGUCAAAAUCCGUUGCCUAUCAAAAGUAAUCCUAAUAACAAAUCAAUUGACCAACCAAUUAAUGCAAAAGCAUCACGUAUGCCCAACAUUCCAUCUACUCGUGAUAUUUCAACUAGCUCCCCUCAAAUUGCAAAUGGAGCUUCUUUACUUACAGCGGCUCCAUCUCAACCAUCAGAGAAAAUGUUUGGUGGAGGCUCUGACAGUGAUACUUCAGGAAUGCCAGAAAAAUCUCCUCCCUUGUUGAAUAAACAACUUGGUAACUUGAAACCAAAAGGUGAUGCAAGUGUUGCAAAUUUGCCAGGUGAAGGUUCUCUUUCUCAGCCAAAUACAUUGCUUUCACCAAUGUCUGAUAUAGCAAAAGAUCAAUCUGAUCAAAAUCUCUCCAAUUCCUCGCCAUUGGUUAUUUCUCCUGAGAACAUCAUGAACAGUAUGGUUGACAAAGGCCUACCAGGUGCUCUUUCAAACAACUCUCCUACUUCAAGUUCAUUUGUAUCUCCAAAAUCACAGGGAUUAAAAUCUCCCACUUCAACUGAUUCAUCAAAUGCAGGUCACACACCAGGUGGCACAACUCCAAUCAUAGGUAAUUUACCAGAAAAAUUGAGUGUUUCUGCUCCACCCAGCGUUGGUGUUUUUACAUCAAAUAAAGAAAUUCCUGUGUCAAACAAUUCGCCUAUUUCAGAACUGUCCUCAAAGAAAGAUGUGAAUCCAUCAUCAUCAUCAAAUGUCUCCAACUCACCUGUCUCUUCGCAGGACGUCAUUAAUCCAAGUAAGGACACACUGAAAAGUAAAUCAAAUCCCAAUGUAGCAUCAUCCAAUGAUGGACCAUUAGUUUCACCACAAACCAAUCUGAAUUCACCACUAGGUACUCCCUCUGGUCAAUCCAUUAUAUCACUUCCAAAUCCAUCAACUUCAAGUGUGCUGCCCUCAACAUCAGAAAAAAAUGCAUCUGCAAGUCCAACUCUCGAAAGUAAUCCUGGAAUUGGUGGCCAACCUAAAGGAAAUGGAAAGCACGAUGUGUCAACCAGUGAAAAAGAUGAACUCAAACCAUCUCUCAAACAAAUGCCUAUAUCUUCUCUAUCACCCAUACUCAUGCCAACUGAUGGAAAUCCUUUUGAGACACUUCUAUCAAAGCCAGAACACUCAUCAUCAAGCACACCUUCAUUGAAUAAUAAAGAACUACCCUCAGAUGAUUCCAAUGCAACUCUUCUGCCAUCAAGCAGUAACAAAAAUAGUCAACCUUUAAAAUCAAUUGAAAAAGUUACCCCUACCUCAAGUCUUUCCCCAUCAGGUAAUUCUCUGCCGCUUUUGAAUAUAGGGAGGUCAUUAGAUAAUGAGAACUCGCUUCCUUCAGAUCACUUAGUUGAUAAAAACCCUACAAUUGAACAUUCUAUUACACAUGAAUCAGGUCUUCCUGAACAGCCUGUUGGUGAUGGUCUGAGUAGUCCAAACACUGAAAAAAUGUCAUCACCUUUAACAGCUAAUCCAAAGUUUGCCUCAUUACUUGACAAACUAAAGAAUGCUGGUUCAAAGCCACAGAAAAAUAUUCCAAAUUCCUCACCACAGAUUACCAACACCAAUGGAUUUUCAACUAGCCCAUCUCAAGACCAGCUGAUGCUCACAAAUGUGAAACCUUCGAUAUCUAACGAUGCUUCAAUACCUGCACUUGAAAGUUCACCCAUGAAGAAUAGCCCAUCUCUUGCUAAUUUACUUUCUCCAGAUAACAAUGUGAAAUCACCAUCAAGUGUACCAUUAGUGAAGCCAUUGAAUAAUCUACCCAGUUCACCAGUAAAUGUACAAGAUUCCACAAUACCACAACCUUCAACUUUGAAAGAUAAUAUGAAUUCUGUCAUACCCCCAGGAAGCAAAAAUGUUCUUCCCUUGAAUCAACCAAGUAUUGUUGAUCACAAUGAAAUCCUACCAACAUUAUUGAAUGGUAAAUCAACACCUUUGACAUCAAACUCCCCACCAAUUACAUCAGAAAAUCUCCAGCCAUCUCUGAAUUCUAAUGUUUUGGAUUUAAAGCAGCCAACUAUCAAUCCUGCUGCAGAAACGAAAGAGGCAUCUCAAGGGACUCCAAAUGUCUCUCCGAGUAAAAGUACACCAGUCCAAAAUAAAAUUUCUAAUUUGUCACCAGAUGUCUUGAAUUCAAUUCCGUCGGAUAACCAUAUGUUGCCACUUUCUCCUGCUGCUAAACUAAUGCUACCAACUGAUUCACCUCCGUCACUAGGACAAACUUCUGCUAGUAAAUUAAUAGAUGGCUCUCCCACUUCAUUGAACCAGAUUCCCUCUGAUAAUCCAUUGUUGCCACCUUCCUCUAUCACUAAACAAACAUUACCUACUGAUUCAACUCCAUCAAUAGGAAAUAUACCAUCACUGGAUCGAGGUUCUCCUGGAAAAUUAGAAGAUGGCUCUCCCAUUUCAUCAAAUCCAAUUCCUUCAGAUAAUACCUUGUUCCCACCUUCUCCUGUUAUUAAACAAGCACUACCAUCUGGUUCAACUCCAUUAAUAGAAAAUACACCAUCUUUGGGGCAAACUUCAACUGGUUCAACUCCAACCAUUGGAAAUGUACCAUCACUGGACCACACUUCUGCUGGAAAAUCAAAAGAUGAUUCUCUUACUCCAUUAAACCCAAUUCCUUCGGAUAAUUCAUUGUUGCCGCUUUCUUCUGUAACUAAACAACCAUUACCAACUGGUUCACCAACAUCACUUGGAAAUACGCCACUGGGACAAAUUUCAACUGGCAAAUCUAAAGAUACCACUCCUAAUCAAUCAAAUUCACCAGUUGGAAAUACACCACCAUUGGGACAAACGCCAACUGGCAAAUCAGAAAAUAUCGCUCCUGAUCAAUCGAAGUCAAAACCGCAGAGCUCAUUUCCAUCCAUGCCAACUCCAAUUACCAUCACACCAGUUCAUCCUGAUUCAAUAAACAAUCCUGCUUUACCCACUCCUCUGGCAACCACUAAUAAUCUGCAGUUACCUAAUCCCAGUUCUGGAAUACUGAAAUCUCCCAUCAAUCCAACUACUGCGCCAUCUUUGUUAUCCAGUCCAAUAUCAAAACCUGUUCAAAGCAGUUCUACUCCGCCACCUUCUCUGUUACCCAAUCCUAUUCAUUCUGCACCUCCAUCUCAUCCUUCAUCACCAUUUGAUGAAUUGGAUGAUUCGAUCCCCUGGUUAGAUGACGAAGUUGAUAUAUCCGACGAUUCGAUGGAAUUUUUGCAUAAUCGUCCAAAACCAUCAUUUAAAUCAUCCACAAAAUCACCAUCAAAUGUAUUGCCGAAACAAAAACCAUCCAAUACAAUUGAAAAUGUACCUCCAUUACCAUUACAAGCACCCAAUUUGCCACCAACUUCUCCUCUUGUGGCGAAAGAUCUUAACAAUAUCAACAAUACACCUAAUAGCAAUCAACUUCCAUCAAUCAUUAGUCCAAAAGAACAUCCUGUAAACCUACAAAAUCCAAAUACUCCCCUGUUAUCUGCACCAUCGCCACCAUUAUUGGAUAAUACAAAAGUAAAUUCACCAUUAAAUCUACCAGGUUCACCUUCAUUUUCUCCCCAAUCCAACACGCCACAGACUCUUCAACAACAGCCAAUUACAAACACCCCAAGUUCAUUACUUCCCUCGCCUUUAUCCAGUCUACCUGAUUCUGCAGGACCUUCAUCGCCGAACCAUCCUUCAGCUGCAGUUCAACCAUCCCUUCCAUCCCCUGACCCCCUUCAAAACUCACCACUUCAGACUAAAAAUAUACCAGCUUCACCUCUCGGUUCAGAAAAUCCAUCAUCUCUCAAAAUUAAGCUACCUCCUGGCGCAGACAAUUCAUCACCAUUACCUUCAAACUCAUUCAAUAAUCCAUCAUCUACGCCAAUUUCUGGUCCAUUGGCACUUCCAUCAGUUUCUCCCCAUGAACCGCCUCCCUCUAUACCUUCUCCAGUCAUUACUCCUCCCCCUGACAUUAAAAAACCACUAAAUUUCAAUAGUUUAUUCACUUCAGAGGAACUACCAGAUGAAUUACAUUCUGAAGAGCAUCCCAGCAGUCACGACUUGAAGCCUUCCCCUCCGCCAUUGACUGCUCCAUCACCUCUUUCGCCCCCCAGUACAGCACCACCUCCUGGUUUCAAAAAACCUUCUUUAGACCUGAAUAAACUCUUCACUUCUGAAGAACUGCCCUCAGAUUUAGUAUCUGAUGAGCAUCAUAAUCCAAGCCCUCCAGCUAUACUACCCUCACCACCAUCACCGCCACAGAUUACUCCACCGUCUCCUCUCUUCACAAAACCAUUUGGCAUGAAUAACAACAUGAAAUCUCCACUGAGUCCCCUUAUUACUCCUCAAAUCAAUAACAAUAUCGGCAAACCAUCAAUAUUUGCCAGCUUCGAUGAUCUUCCGCCUUCUCCACCCUCUUUCAAUACUUUCAAAGCACCUAUGCUUACACCGCCCAUGGCCAACUUCGACAUACCUAUUACCCUACCUAAAUCAGCCCCUCUCCCUUCGCAAUCCGGUCCAGGAACAGAUGACGAGGCAAGUCGUAAAAAUGGCGGACAAAAUUGGAGGCAAAAAUUAUUUCAAAAGAAAGCUUUCCAACCUCUGAGUUGAAUUGACAUUAAACAGUCUGAAAAUCGAACACUGUAGCUGUUUAAUGUAGUGUAGGUAUUUUAAAAGACGUCCUGAAUGUUCUAACGUUUAAAUUAUUGUUUCUUUUAAUCUUUUAAAAUAAAACAUUUUAAAAUCAAUCACAAUUUUUCUUGUUUUUCAUCAAUCUUGUGUUUGCUAUUGCUAUCGUAGAGCCAGUUGUACGUAUGCCAGUAUUUCGCAUGUGUAAGUGCGGAUGGUGUAUCGCGUACAAAGACAUUGAAUUGGAGCGAAAUUCGUAAGUACACGGGUGGGGGAGAGGGUUAUCAUUUUGACGUAUUCAACUAACGUCUCUAGACCACUCAUACAUAUAAACGGUCAUAUUUUGGUGUAAUGCCAUUUUAAUUAUAUAUUACCGUGUGACUCGUUCUAUAAUGACUUUGUAGUUAAUUAAAUUACCGUGCUAUUGAAAUCGGUGAAAAGGAGAGUAUUAAUUUUCACCAAAAUAUUACCAACCGCGAUAACGACCAGUAGUCUACUCAUUGGCAAGAUAAAGUGUUGAACAGCACGGUCGAAUUGCGUUUAAAUUUAUGAAAGAUAAAAUGGAGAAAAAUAGAAUUAUGAAUCGUGUGAUGAAACUGUUUCCGAUUGACCCCCUUCCUCUUAUCUUCUCGACGCAGAUUUGUGACGUAUAUUACGUAAA